UCUACCACAGCGCGCAGGACGUCUUGCUGCCUCUCGCGGGUCAUCUUCGGCCAAUGACGUUUCAGCCAAGCGGUGAUUGGUCCCAGUGAUUCUUGCCGCUCGUCGGCGGGGCUCUGAGUGGAGGGGGCGUUUCUCUCGCUGUUUGCGCGGAGGAGGCCUAGACUCAAGCUGAAAAUGCAUGUCCUCUGGAUGAUGCGCCAGGUCUCCCAGACAGGGAUUCCGGUGUGCCUGAGCCUUACCCGACAUCUCAGCAGCACAACCUCCAGAGCUUCCUACAAGUAUGUGAAUGCUAGGGAGGAGCCAACAGACUGGAAAUCGGUCACUGACAAAGCUGCGCAGACUCUCUUGUGGACAGAACUUAUCCGAGGCAAUCGCUAUUGAGGCAGAGACUCGAGCUGAUGGUAGCCGCAGGACCACUCGCUACGACAUUGACAUGACCAAAUGCAUCUACUGUGGAUUCUGCCAGGAAGCUUGUCCCGUUGAUGCUAUUGUGGAGGGCCCCAACUUUGAGUUCUCCACUGAGACACAUGAAGAGCUGCUGUACAACCAAGAGAAGCUGCUCAACAAUGGAGACAAGUGGGAAGCUGAGAUUGCUGCUAACAUAGAAGCCGAUUACUUGUAUCGGUGAUUGAACAUUUCCCUCGGUCUUUCCAUAUCCUGAUCAGCAUGCUCAUCCAAAGCCAAACCUGUAAUAAAGGGCAUGCACCCAC